UGAAGUGUUGACGCCCUCUACGUACCUUAGUUUAUAUCUUCCUGUUGAACUUGAACUAAAACAUCAAAUAUCAUCUGGAAAUAUGGCUGAUGCAUCCCCAGAUUUGGUUAAGUUCGAUGAUGAAGAUGUGAUGAAUUUCCUCGAGGCUGCCGUUGACGUAGCUAGACUAGCUGGUCAGAAAAUCAAGGAAGCAUAUCUUCUUGAGAAGAGGGUGGAAAUCAAAAGUUCCGCUGCAGAUCUAGUGACAGAGACAGAUCAGCUAGUGGAGAAAAAGAUUAUAGGUACCCUGCAAGAAAAAUUCCCUGACCAUUGCUUUAUAGGUGAGGAGAGCGUAGCUGCAGGUCAGAAGAUUGAGUUAACUGAUGCACCUACGUGGAUCAUCGAUCCCGUUGACGGAACUACAAACUUUGUCCAUAGCUUUCCAUUUGUUGCUGUCUGCAUUGGCCUGGCCAUCAACAAAAACUUAGUUGCCGGAGUGGUAUACAACGCAAUCUUAGAUGAAAUGUUCACUGCCAUCAGAGGCAAGGGGGCUUAUUGCAAUGAUGCUCAGAUCCACUGCUCAGGACAAGAAGAUAUAAAACAGUCACUGGUGAUGACAGAGAUAGGGUCUAGUCGGAAGCAAGAGCACAUAGACGCGAAGCUGAAGAAUAUAGAGGCAGUUGUAAAGAAUGGUGUUCAUGGUGUGAGGUCGCUUGGCUCUGCAGCUCUGAACAUGUGUCAUGUGGCCCGUGGUGAUAGCGACCUCUAUGUGGAAUAUGGCAUCCACUGUUGGGAUAUGGCUGCGUCUGCUGUGAUUCUGGAAGAGGCUGGGGGAGUCUGUGCAGAUCCUAAGGGGGGCCCCUUGGAUAUUAUGUCAAGACAGAUCAUCUGCGGAAGCAGCCAAAAGCUGGUCCAUACAGUCUCCCAACUGCUCACUCAUAUAGACUUUGAGAGGGACUGAACAGAAGAAGUACCACUUCAUCAGCUGUUAAUGUAUGCAGAGGAUCGAUUUUUGAGAACUAUAUUUGGUAAUUUAUCUAGAUGUAUAUAUAGUUAAUGAAGUGUUGUAAACAUGGGUUUUAGGACAACUCUUUUUUAAAGUACAAGACAUCCAUGACUGUCAGUGACAUUUCCUUUUGUCGUUACUUGAAAGUUGGAACACUGUCUUGAGAGGGCAGCAGCAUCAGUAACCAUGUGAAAUUGCUAGCAUUAUUAAAGGAUAAUGAGAAACUCCAACAUUGUAUCCCAACCUAGAGAACACACUAAUCCUCUAUUGGGAGUGUGCAAUGGUAUACAGUACUAGUCAAGAGUGUGAAAUAUAUGUACUCAAACUACUCAUGCUCUUAUUUCCAUGCAUUGUUCAUAAACAUCAUAUUACAUUUUGAGCAUAUAAAAGUCAAGAUGAGAAUGGAUUCAUUUGUAUAUAUAUAUUUAAAAAAAAACUAUGAAACCUGCAGAAAAUUUGAAUUUAAAUUUAAAAAUACAUAUUUUUGUCGCGCCUGCAUAAAAGAGCGAGACUAUAGGCACCUCUUAUCUGACGGCGGCGUCAACAUUAAAAUCUUAACCUUAAGUUUAGUUUUUUAAAUGACAUCAUAACUUAGAAUAAUAGAAUGUAUAUGAACCUAGUUCAUAAAACUCUGACAUAAGGGUAAUCAAGUAUUACUGAACUUCCUGCCUGAGUUUCAGGUCACAUGAAUAAGGUCAAAGGUCAUUUAGGGUCAAUGAACUUAGACCAUGUUAGGGGAAUCAACAUUGAAAUCUUAACUAAGGUUAGGUUUUUGAAUUGUCAUCAUAACUUAGAAAGUAUAUGGACCUAGUUCAUGAAACUUGGACAUAAGGGUAAUCAAAUAUUACCUAUCACCCUGCCCGAGUUUCAGGUCACAUGACCAAGGUCAAAAGUCAUUUAGGGUCAAUGAACUUUGGCCAUGUUGGGGUAUUUCUUUUAUUGUAACUUUGAAAGUUUUUUAUCUUGUUCAUAAGACUUAGACUUAAGAGUAAUCAAGUAUCACUGAACAUUCCUUGCGAGUUUCAGGUCAUAUGUAUGACCAAGGUCAAAGGUUAUUUAUUUAAGGUCAAUGAACUUGGGCCAUGUUGGGAGCAAUUGUUAAAUUUCCAUGAUAAUUUUGAAUGUUUAUGGAUAUAGUUUAUGAAAUGUGGACAUAGGGGUAAUCAAGUAUCACUGAUCAUCUUGCAUAAGUUUUAGGUCACAUGAUCAAGGUCAAAUGUAAUUUAGGGUCAAUGAACUUAGUAUUAUACGAAUGGUGUUUUUUGUGAAUAAUUAUUAUUAUAUAUUCGUUUUCAUAGUCAGCAUUGCUGCUAUAUUGAAUCACGUAAUGCAGGCAAGACUGCCAGAGGCGCUCCACGUGUUGGUAUGUGUCCUCACCAGGAGAGGAUUUCAUGAAGGAAAUAGUCAAGUGAUUUUCACAGACAAAUUUGCUCAGGGCCAAUCAAAUGCAAGGAAUUUGUAAGCUUAUAACAAUAGUUAGUGAAAGUCACAGACUAAUGGCUGAGCUGGGGGAUCAUUCAGUAUUGCUUUCAAAUAUUAGCUCACAUUUUCAUUCAUUCAUUACAUUAAUAUUGCCAGGACCUCAAGACACUUAGAAUGUUUAGCUCAUGCUCAUGUACCAUCUUGAGUGAUUUAGACCUUGAAGACUAUGGGUUGAUGUACAAUAUCAAAAGAAAUGACUCGUUUUGUCACCAAAUUUGUCAUAAUGUCAUGCUUUAGUGAGCCCUAUGCUGGCUGAGUAUUGCAGUGUAUGUAUGUUAAUAAUAAUUGUGAUUGGGCAAUGUAUGGAUAUACUCAACUCAAGCAUUACAAUAUAUAAGCAAGUAAAAACACAGGCAACACAACAAUUAACAAGAUAUUAAGAAGAUUUCUUGAAACUCAAUAUCAUGUAAUAGGUUUGUGUAUUUGUGGUCCAGUGCUGUGAACUGCCAAAGAUUUCAAUUGAGAUUUCUCAGGGUCAAUAUUAAUAUCAACUCAAGAUGAUUUGCGGGAAAAUAAAAAUGAUUUGAAUUGCUACUUUGAAUCUAUAUUAUGUUCAUGCUUUUAGAAUUGUGGACCUUAAAUUCAGAUAUGACAUCUCCACUAUUUUGUUUUUUUUUGUCUAUAUUUUCAAAUGAAAUGUAGAUCUAGCUCUCUGUCAUAUGAGGAAAGGUUAUUGGAUGGGUCACAUUCACAAUCCUCACUGUUGUGUAAUCCGUUUGAAAUGUCACAAGAGAAUGAAUGACAUAAUUUCUUCUAUAAAUUUUCUUUCACAAAUAAUUUUGAUAGCUCUUACAUAUCUGAUUACCCACCUUAUAUCUUAUAGUACCUGAUUAUUAUUGUCAAAUGCAUGUAUACCAUGAAAUUUGGAUCACUAGAUGUAGAACUUUGUUUCUAUUUUAUAUUCUGCCCUUAAUGAUUCAUUAAAAAAUAUCUGAAGCUGUAGAUGAAAAGUUUGCUGUAUAUUCAACUCCAGAGCAUGCACUAUGAGUUUCAUAUCAUGCCAAUGUAGUGGAUAAAUUUGUAUCCUAUAUACUUGCAAAGAUUUUGUUUUAUAUAUCAGUUAUUGUCAUUCUUCAUAUUUGUGCCAGUAUUCAGUUUGCUACAUAAAUCAGAAUAUAUUCAUCAAUUUAGAUGAGAUGAAAUACUUUUUAAAAAUAAUUUUAGUAUUCGAUUCAUGCAAUUUGCAACAUGUUUUAUUUUUGAGAAGACAAAGUAACGUAAUGUGGAAGUGCUGUGGCAGACACUUUUUUAUAUAUACAAUAUUUUUAAGAGAUUUGGCUCAAAAUGUCUCUUAAAUUAAUUGGUAAGUAUUGGAUUGAAUAUGACUCUGCUUAAAUUCUUAGCUAAGUAGAAUACAAAAAAAUCCAAUUGGAUACUAGCCCUAGUUUAAUGUUUGUAAUUUUAAUGUUAUUUAGUAACUUACUAAGGCCACAGUCACACUGGCUGAAUCCAUACUGACCAAAGCUAUCAAUUAUUAUUUCCUUUGACAUACCAUUGGUCAGUUUGGAGUCUGUUAGUGUGACUGGAGCAAAAGGGUAUGUUGUUGUUGUUAUUUUGAAUAGGCAAACUAGUCAGUUUUGACUAUCGUUGCCUUUUUUAUUUGCUUUCCUUUAUAUUACAAAACAGAAUAAUUUCUUUGUUGAAACUGUGAGACUAACUAUCAGAAAAAAUUAAAAUUCAUGAAUCUCUUUAUUUCAUCAAUGAAUUUCAUUAAAAAAAAUCACCAGUAAUGUUCCACUUUUUAUUAAACUAAAAUUGUUGGGGUGAACUUGCCCUCAAUAU